AUGCCUGCGCUUGCCUUGGUCCUCUUGGCAGCCGUACCCGCGGCUCUCGGCCAGACCUUCCAGCGUCUCGGCGCCUGUCCGGACCUCGGAUGCGUCUUCCCGCCGGACCAGGCCCAUUUCCUGCCCGGUCAGGCCUUUGACGUGCGCGUCGAGAUCCACGCGCCCGUCAACGGCACCGAGGCCUUCAACGGCGGCGUGCCGGACCCGGACUUCUCCAUCUCCGUCGCGAGCAACAGCCAUCCGGACGGCCGGCCGCUGACCGAGUUCUUCGGCCUCGCCGAGGAGCCGCCCCUCGAGACGUGGGACUUUGCGUGGUACGAGGACCUCUUCGCCCGGGACGCGGGCAACGCGUCAGUCGUCAACGUGGCGUCCAAGGCGUACCGCCACCUCGCGCUGUACGAGCCGGGUAACUACACGGUCGAGCUGCGGUACUACAACGGCACCCGGACGACGCUGGCCGAGUGGUUCGUGCGGCCGCUCGCCGAGGAGAAGAAGGCCAAGAACGUCAUCCUGUUCAUCGGGGACGGCAUGACGACCAACAUGAUCACGGCGGCGCGCCUGCUGGGCCACAAGAGCAUCAACGGGAAGUACCAGUCCCGGAUGCAGAUGGACCAGUUCCCCAUCCUGGGACAUCAGAUGACGCAUUCUGUCGAUACUUUCAUCACGGACAGCGCCAACUCGGCCUCGGCGCUGUACUCGGGACACAAGGGCACCUCGGACUCAAUGGGCGUCUACUCUGAUUCAUCGGCGGACGACUUUGACGACCCCAAGGUCGAGACCAUUGUCGAGAUGGUCGUUCGUAUCUGGGGAUCCGCCUGGGGAGCCGUUACGACGGCCGCCCUCGACGACGCCACGCCCGCCGCGUUAACGGGCCACACCCGGUCCCGAUCCAACGCCGGCUCGCUCAUCGACCAGGCCCUCAACGGCAUGACCAACUACUCGUGGAGCGGCCACCCGGGGCCGGACGUCUACUUUGGCGGCGGCGCGUCGACGUUCCUCCCGGGCCCGGCCUCGUACGAGGGCAAGGACUACUACGACGAGUUCCGCAAGCAGGGCUACUCGGUCAGCUGGAACGCCACAUCCCUCCGCGACGCGCCCGUCGACGCCCCGGCCCUCGGCGUCUUCUCGACCUCCCACCUGCCCGUGUGGCUCGACAGGAACAUCCUCACGGACAACAUCGCCGCGCUCGAGACGCACCCCUCGGGCGACGGCUCGGCGCCCCUCGACCUGCCGGGCCUCAAGGACAUGACGCUCAAGGCCGUCGACAUCCUCCUCGCGCGGAGCAACAGCAACAGCAGCAACAGCAACAACGACGCGGGCUUCUUCCUCAUGUCCGAGGGCGCCUCCAUCGACAAGCAGAUGCACGCCCUCGACUACGACCGCGCCCUCGGCGACCUGCUCGAGUUCGACGACACGAUCCGCGCCACCGUCCGGAAGCUGCGGGACGCCGGCGCGCUCGAGGACACCCUCAUCGUCGUCACAGCCGACCACGGCCACGGCUUCGACGUCUUCGGCGUCGCUGACACCGAGUACCUCGCCGCGCAGGACUCGGACCGCGGCAAGCGCGAGGCCAUCGGCGUCUACGAGCGCUCCGGCCUCUCGCAGUACACCGUCUCGCGCCCGGAUGGCGUCGAAUACGGCACGGGGCCCAACUUCCCGCUUAACUGGAGCCCGCGGUACGCCAUCGCCCCGGGCUUCGGCGCCAACCCGGACCGCAGGGAGAACUUCCGCCUGCACGAGUCGCCGCGCCGCGUGGUCGUGGAGAGCGACGACGACGACGACGGCUACGUCGUGAACCCCGAGGACGCCGAGGACGGCUUUUUCGUGCCCGGGACGAUCCCGACGUCGUCCUCGUCCGGCGUGCACUCCCUGACGGACGUGCCGGUGUUUGCCAUGGGCCCUUGCCAGGAGACGUUCGCGGGCGUCUACGACAACACCGAUGUCUUUUUCAAGAUUGCUUCGUGUCUCGGGCUGGGUCAGUCUUCGGCGAGCCCCAAGAGGAAGUAG